AUGAGAGAAAUCGUAAGCAUACACGUUGGACAAGCUGGAAUUCAGGUCGGGAAUUCGUGCUGGGAGCUAUAUUGCCUUGAACAUGGCAUUAAACCCGAUGGUUGUAUGUCUAUUGAUAAUACCUCAUCAAGUGGGUCAAACGAUUCCUUCGGCACCUUCUUCAGCGAAGGCAGUUCGGGAAAGUACGUCCCGAGGGCUGUAUUUGUCGAUCUUGAGCCCACGGUCAUCGAUGAAGUUAGAACCGGAAGCUACAGGAAGCUCUUCAAUCCAAAACAACUCAUUGCCGGUAAGGAGGAUGCAGCUAAUAACUUCGCCAGAGGACAUUACACGGUUGGGAAAGCAGUGGUCGAUGAAUGUGUCGAUAGAGUGAGAAAAUUAGCAGACAAUUGCAGUAAUUUGCAAGGGUUUAUGGUUUUCAACGCCGUGGGUGGUGGCACUGGCUCUGGGUUAGGAUCGUUGAUCUUAGAACGCUUGUCCAACGAGUAUGGGAAAACGCUGAAACUCGGCUUCACAAUCUUUCCAUCUCCACAGGUUUCGACGUCGGUUGUGGAGCCUUACAAUAGUGUGUUAUCGACUCACUCGUUGAUAGAACACACCGACAUUGUGGUGCAACUAGACAACGAAGCGAUAUACGAUAUUUGCAAGAAGAAGUUGGAUAUGGAAAGGCCGACUUACAGGAACUUGAAUCGCUUAAUUUCUCAAACGAUUUCGUCUUUAACAACUUCCUUGAGGUUUAAUGGAUCCAUGAACGUCGACAUUUCAGAAUUCCAAACAAAUCUGGUCCCAUUCCCUCGGAUCCACUUCAUGCUUUCAUCAUACGCACCAAUCAUCUCAUCUGCGAAGGCCUACCACGAACUGUUAUCAGUUCCAGAGAUCACAAAUGCCGUAUUUGAUCCAUCUAGCAUGAUGGCUAAGUGCGAUCCAAGACACGGUAAAUACAUGGCUUGUUGUCUCAUGUAUCGUGGAGACGUUGCUCCAAAGGACGUUAAUACAGCCGUCGGAUCCAUCAAGACCAAAAAAACGAUUCAAUUUGUCGAUUGGUGUCCGACGGGGUUCAAGUGCGGGAUCAACAACCAAGCUCCAUCGGCGGUUCCCGGUGGAGAUCUGGCGCAGGUGAAACGAGCAGUGUGCAUGAUAAGCAACAACACCGCCGUGUCGGAGGUUUUCAGUCGGAUCGAUCAUAAGUUUGAUUUGAUGUUCGCCAAACGAGCGUUCGUUCACUGGUAUGUGGGCGAAGGCAUGGAAGAAGGCGAGUUUUCAGAGGCUCGUGAAGAUCUUGCAGCGCUGGAGAAAGAUUACGAGGAAGUGGCGCAGGAUGGGGAGGAGGAAGGAGAUGAGUAUUAA